AUGAAUCAAUCGAUGCCUAUCGAACCUGUACGAAAACCAACUCCAAUGUUGUCACAAACAACAACGUCCGACGCAAAAAAUUACGAUGAGGACUUGAAAAUGAUUCAAGACAAACAAAAAGAAUUCGAUGGUAUUCUUAAAACACUCGUUACAAGAAUGGAAACUCUCGGAGCUACAGUUACUUCAUUAGACAGUACAGUUGUUCAACUCAACAAUAAAAUUGAUCAACAACAACAAUAUCUCGAACAAAUGAUUGAUGGCCGUAUACAUGCAUUUGAACAGAAUAUUGAAAUGUUGCAAGAUGAACUUAAUAAUUGGAUGAAUCUGUUCAAGAAGACCAUUGAUGAUGAACUCAAAAAAUUUGAUGUUGAUGUAACGAAAGUUCAAGAAGAAUUACUCAAACAAAUCAAUAAAAUCGAGCAACCGAUGACUCCUUCACCUGAACUUCUGUCCCAAAUUGAUCAAUGGGAGAAAGACACCAUCGAGAAAAUACAUAAGACAACUGAAAAGAUUCGUCAUCAACUUACCGAACUACUUAAUCGAGAUAGAAAUCAAUUAAUAAAUCAAUUCGAAAUGCUAACAAAAGAAAUAACAACUCUCAAAGAAGAAGAUGAUUUCGCUGAAGAUGAUAUUGAACGACUUCGAAAGACUAUCAAUCAAAUACAAUUAUCAUUAGAACAACUUCAUUUACCGGAAAAGGGCAAAUUUAUUAUAGUAGAAAAUAAUGAAUUCAAGUGGGAUCAUCUAAUUAGUGUUGAAGAAAAACAAAAAUUAUUACCACUCUAUUCAAUGGAUAUAAAUGCAAAUGCCAGAUGGAUACCAAAUGGUCAUACUAUAGCUGGUGGAAAUGGAACCGGCAAUGCAAUUAAUCAACUCGGACGACCAUCCGGGUUGUGUAUUGAUCAUGAUCAAUCUGUUUAUGUUGCUGACUUUGAUAAUCAUCGUAUUGUUAAAUGGAAAAAGGGAGCAACGAAAGGUGAAGUGGUUGCCGGUGGAAAUGCUGAAGGAUUUCGAACUGAUCAGUUGUAUUCACCAACGGAUCUGAUCAUUGAUGAUGAAAGAGAUAGUAUCAUUAUUUGUGAUUAUAAUAAUUUACGAGUAGUUCGAUGGCCACGUCAAAAUGGUAAACAAGGAGAAGUAAUUAUUUCGGGCAUUCGCUGUGUUGGAUUGACUAUAGAUGACAAUGGAUCUCUCUACAUCGCUGAUAAUAAAAAGCAUGAAGUAGUACGAUAUCGAGCAGGUGAACGUUCUGGGACGAUAGUGGCAGGUGGUAAUGGAUGUGGAAAUCGACUUGAUCAGUUGCAAUGUCCACGAUGGGUAUUCGUCGAUCAAGAUCAUUCAGUAUAUGUAUCGGACAAUGAAAAUCAUCGUAUAAUGAAAUGGAUAGAAGGUGCAAAAGAAGGCAUUAUCGUUGCUGGUGGUCACGGUCAUGGAAAUAGUCUUACACAAUUAUCUCAUCCCUGUGGGAUCGUUGUUGAUCAAUCAGGCACUGUCUAUGUGGCAGAUAGUUGGAAUAAUCGAAUAAUGCGUUGGUUAAAAGAAGCUACAGAAGGAAGUGUUGUUAUUGGUGGAAGUGGUCGAGGAGAACAAUCGAAUCAACUCAAUCAACCAACAGGUUUAUCAUUUGAUCGACAAGGCAAUCUCUAUGUCGUCGACCAAUGCAAUCAUCGUGUGCAAAAAUUCGCUAUAGAUCCAAGUUCGUGUUCUUGA